GUGGUGGAAUGUGUCCCUGGCGCUGUGCUGUGAUGCUGUUGCCACUGACGCUGUCUGCAUGGUGAGUGCACAGCCCCUCUACCCUUACCUGGCUCGGAACUAGGAUGAACAAGACCGCUGCUGUUAAGGAGGGCGGUGACGGUGGCGACCAGCCCUGCAUUCGCCUGGAGCCCCUGAAGACCACGCACCUACCGGGCAAAGCGUCGCCGUCCCGCACGAAGAUCGACUCGGACAACCGCCCUUGUUACAGAGACACCAUCAGAGUAACGACCAAUGGGGUGCACGAUAUCGAAGACAGGAUUCUGAGGAUCACUGGGUACUACGGUUACUACCCGGGCUACUCCAGCCAUAGAAGAGAGGAGGGCUCUGAGUCUCACGCGGAGACGCCGGCCAGCGAGGCCACUGAGGAGCGCUCGCAGUGCCAUUCGUGCGCCAGCGCGGCGCUGAAGGUGCUGGGUGGGCUGCUGGUGGUCCUGUUCGUCUCCUCCUCCUGGGUGGGCACCACACAGGUGGUGCAGCUCACCUUCCAGUCUUUCUCCUGCCCCUUCUUCAUCACCUGGUUCAGCACCAACUGGAACAUCCUCUUCUUCCCCCUCUACUACUCCGGCCACCUGGUCACCACGCGAGAGAAGCAGACGCCCAUCCAGAAAUUCAGGGAGUGCAGCCGCAUAUUCGGGGAGGACGGGCUGACGCUGAAGCUGCUCCUGAAAAGGACGGCACCUUUCUCCAUCCUGUGGACUCUGACCAACUACCUGUACCUGCUGGCCCUGCGCAAGCUGACCGCCACCGAUGUCUCCGCCCUCUACUGCUGCCACAAAGCCUUUGUCUUCCUCCUGUCCUGGAUCGUCCUCAAGGACCGCUUCAUGGGAGUUCGGAUCGUGGCUGCAAUCAUGGCCAUCACAGGCAUUGUGAUGAUGGCCUACGCAGACGGCUUCCAUGGAGACUCCAUCAUAGGUGUGGCCCUGGCUGUGGGCUCCGCCUCCACAUCAGCUCUCUAUAAGGUGCUCUUUAAGAUGUUCCUCGGUAGUGCCAACCUGGGUGAGGCGGCACACUUCUUCUCCACGCUGGGCUUCUUCAACCUAAUCUUCAUCUCCUGCGUGCCCCUCAUCCUCUACUUCACCAAGGUUGAGCACUGGGGCUCGCUGUCUGCACUGCCCUGGGGCUACCUGUGUGGCGUGGCUGGACUCUGGCUGGCUUUCAACAUCCUGGUCAACGUGGGAGUGGUGCUCACCUACCCCAUCCUCAUCUCCAUCGGGACGCUCCUCAGCGUGCCAGGCAAUGCAGCCGUGGAUGUGCUGAAGCACGAGGUGAUCUUCAGCGUGGUGCGCCUGGCCGCCACCUGCAUCAUCUGCCUGGGCUUCCUGCUGCUGCUGCUGCCCGAGGAGUGGGACUCCGUCACGCUGCGCUUCCUGGCUGCCUUCGCCGACAAGAAGGGGGAGGAGCACGGGGAGGAGCUGACCGAGUCCAGCGUGAACACGCGCAGCCGCAGCCGGGCCAACGGCACCGUGUCCAUCCCUCUGGCAUGA